AUGCCUCGACCCAACACCCUAUUUGGCGGUUGCUUAAUUGGCACCAGCUUUACCACCCCGGCUCAAGUACAGGAGCUUCUUGACCAAGUCAAAUCAUUUGGUAUUGACCGCAUCGACACCGCAGCCAGAUAUUCACCCACAAAUCCAGGCUUUUCUGAGCGACUGCUAGGCGAAUUUGGUCUUUCGAACUUUUCACCCGAGUUAGUCGCAGAAUUUAUCGCAGUCUGCCAGGAAAAAGAUUACAUCAAGUCAAGCGUGUAUCAGGACUUGUAUAACCUUCUCAGUCGCGAGAGCGAACAGACUCCUCUUGCUGGUGGUUUCUUGACCGGUCGAGCAACCCGUGGUGAUACCGAGGGCACCAGGUACGCACCGGAUGACCAAAUCACAGCUACUCUCAGCCCCAUGUAUGACAAGCCCGCCAUGCAUACUGCAAUGAGCGAUUUGCUGGAUACCAUCGGACCGUUAGAGAUCAGCGGCGCGGAAGCGUAUCUGCGAUGGCUCCAUUACCAUUCAAGCUUGGGUGCGGAAGACUGCGUCGUCUUGGGAGCUAGCAAAAUCAUCCAGAUCGUGCAGAACAUGACCGAUGUUGCCAAGGGGCCUCUGCCAGAGGUGGUGGUGCAGAAGAUCGACUCCCUGUAUGCGAAGCUCCACUAG